AAUGAGCAGCGUUUGAACAAUUUUUAGGGUAGCAAUAAGGUGUACUGGAAAGAGUGUUGCUUCUGGAGUCAGAAGACCUAGCUUCAAGGCCUGGCUCUGCCAUAUAAUAGCUCCUGUUUGACUCAGAGAAAGUCAGGUUCUUAAUCUCUCAGUGCUCCAGACAAUUUUCCAAGACUAUAAAUUACAGAACAGCAGAUCUUCACAGGGGGUUUACUUGCUGAGAGUUCCAUACUCCACUGAAACCAUGGUUCAAGGACAAAAGACAUUAUAAUAAGUCAUAUUUCAGUGCUUUCAGGGUAAAGCACACAUAACCUUACAGGAUCAUUCUGAGGAUCAAAAGAGAUAAAAACCGCCAAAGCAACUACUUUACACUCAGCCACAGAAGCCAAACCUCUCCGCUUUCCCCUCCCCCGUCUAUCAGUGCAGGCGGAAGGUGGAGCCCCAGGCUGUAAGCGGGGCGGAUCCUGUGGCCCGGAGAGACUGAGGCCACUCGCUCGCCUGAGCAAGGCAGGUAUCGUGGUAACGCGGUCAUGGGCCCCACACAUUCCGGAGCUUCCCCAGCCACCAGAUCGAGCCGAUAGCAGGCGAGAGCUCAAUAUACAGGAAACAAUUUUUGGGGAUACCAUGAAGCUACUUCAAGUCUUGGAACCUGGAGACUGCCCGCAGAAGGCAACAUGGUAUGCCUUGGCUCCCCCUGGACAUGGCCCCUGUGCUCGAGUUGGCCAUAACUGCCUCUACCUUCCCCCUGGUCAAGAUACAGAUCAAGGAAAAGUCUUCGUGGUUGGGGGAGCAAAUCCUAAUGGCAGCUUCUCGGAUGUGUACUACAUUGAUCUGGCUACCUAUCGAUGGAAGGAAGUAGACUGUGAGGGUCUAUUGGCCCGCUAUGAGCAUGCCAGCUUCCUUCCCCUCAGCACCCCUGGCAGGAUCUGGGUAUUUGGAGGAGCAGACCAGUCAGGGAACCGAAAUUGUUUACAAGCAUUGGAUCUUGAAACCAGGAUAUGGAGCACUCCUAAUGUCACUGGCACACCGCCAUCCCCAAGAACAUUUCACACAGCAUCAGCAGUCAUCGGAAACCAGCUAUAUGUUUUUGGUGGUGGAGAGAAAGGUGCCAAGCCUGUUCAGGACACGCAGCUCCACAUAUUUGACGCAACAACAUUGAGCUGGUCACAUCCAGAAACCUGUGGGGAACCACCCCUACCCCGUCAUGGCCAUGUGAUGGUGGCAUUGGGGCCAAAGCUCUUUGUUCAUGGUGGUUUGGCAGGGGAUGAAUUCUAUAAUGAUCUGUAUUGCAUAGACACAAAUGACAUGAAAUGGGAGAAGUUGGAAGCCACAGGGGAUGUCCCAUCAGGCUGUGCUGCCCAUUCUGCUGUGGCCAUUGGGAAGCACAUAUACAUCUUUGGAGGAAUGGCUCCCACAGGGGCACUGGCUACAAUGUACCAAUAUCACAUAGAAAAACAACAUUGGAGCCUGCUUAAAUUUGAUACAUAUUCACCCCCUGGACGACUGGAUCAUUCAAUGUGCGUCAUUCCUUGGCAUGUGGCUCCUGCCUCUGCAGAAGAACAUACACAUGUAGGCAGUGUCAAUAGCAAUGUAGAGAAAGAAGGCUUAGCUGAUGAAAUUGUGAAAGGUGAUGACUUAGAUCAGAAGGAGACAGACACAUUCCUGUGCUUAGUGUUUGGUGGGAUGAAUACUGAAGGGGAAAUCUACAAUGACUGUGUUGUGACACUAGUUGACUAAUAAAAUUCACAUGCUUUCUUAA